GCGGUAGCAGAGAUCUGAAUAAUUGAUUCUUCAGCCGCACCAGACGCUCAGGAGCGGGCGGAGAGCGCGUUUUCAGCACCAGGGACAGCGGCACAUCGCCGCAGGCACCCACUUCGCCAGGCAGUCGCCUAUCCUGGCCUUGUCGCCGCCGUGCGCCCCGGGAAAGGGUGGCAGUGCUCCGCGCCGCCGCCGCCGCCGCCGCCGAGGGACUGCGGGGUCUGCCUCGGCCCGCCUCCAGGGAGGGCGGCUGCGGGCGGGAGAUGCUUUCGCCCACCGGAGCUCCAAGCCUCCCUGGCUGUCGCGGGGGCUGCUGCGUCUAGCCGACUGAGAACAAGUCCCCUAAGUUGACGUGGGGGCGCCCCUGCCUUCCUCCUCCUCUUCCUCCGAGGCGACCGCAGCAGAAGCAAGCCUCAGGAGCCCGGUUUUGCCAGUGCUGUGAACCAGGGUGGCUGGGCGCUCUCCGGACUCCCGUCGGGAAAUGGGGAGCUGAACGCCUGGUGGCGAGCUGGCCCCGCAGCGAAGGGCCCAGAGGGAGCUGCCAUCCCCCGCCCGCGCCUCUCUCCAGCGGGGACCGCGGGGAUCCCCGGCCACACGCGCGCGCGCUCCCACACUCACACACACACACACUCACACACACACACACACUCGCCCUCACGCACACCACCAGCCGGAGCCUGGGCUGCGGAGAGGGCUCCCGGGCGCGCUUAGAGGACCGGGCAGCUGCUGUCCGGAGUGGGGCAGGAAGCCGAGCUCCGGCUUUUGGAGGGAGGCGCCGCGGGGCUAGCCGGAGCAUGGGGCUGGGUGAGCGCUGAGAGUCGCGGCCGCAGCCAUCAGCCCUGGAGAUGACCAGGAGCGGCCACUGCUGAGAACUAUGUGGAGAGAGGCUGCGAGCCCUGCUGCAGAGCCUCCGGCUGGGAUAGCCGCCCCCCGUGGGGGCGAUGCAGACAGCGCGGGACAGCCAGGGGAGCGCGCGGGGGCCGCAGCAUGCGGAAACCCGCUAAACCCGGUGGCUGCUGAGGCGGCCGAGAUGCUCGUGCGCGCAGCGCGCCCCACUGCAUCCUCGACCUUCUCCGGCUACAGGGACCGUAAGUGGCGACUAUGGGCAGACUGGGUUAUUGGACCCUGCUGGUGCUGCCGGCCCUUCUGGUCUGGCGCGGUCCGGCGCAGGGUGCGGCGGCGGAGAAGGGUCCCCCGGCGCUGAACAUUGCGGUGCUGCUGGGUCACAGCCACGACGUGACGGAGCGCGAACUGCGAAACCUGUGGGGCCCCGAGCAGGCAGCAGGGCUGCCCCUGGACGUGAACGUGGUGGCCCUGCUGAUGAACCGCACGGACCCCAAGAGCCUCAUCACACAUGUGUGCGACCUCAUGUCUGGGGCGCGCAUCCACGGCCUUGUGUUUGGGGACGACACCGACCAGGAGGCCGUGGCUCAGAUGCUGGAUUUUAUCUCUUCGCAGACUUUCAUCCCCAUCCUGGGCAUCCACGGGGGCGCAUCUAUGAUCAUGGCUGACAAGGAUCCGACGUCAACCUUCUUCCAAUUUGGAGCGUCCAUCCAGCAACAAGCCACGGUCAUGCUGAAGAUCAUGCAGGAUUACGACUGGCAUGUCUUCUCCUUGGUGACCACCAUCUUCCCUGGCUACAGGGACUUUAUCAGCUUCAUCAAGACCACAGUGGACAACAGCUUUGUGGGCUGGGACAUGCAGAACGUGAUCACCCUGGACACUUCCUUCGAGGACGCAAAGACGCAAGUCCAGUUGAAGAAGAUCCACUCUUCCGUCAUCCUGCUCUACUGUUCCAAAGAUGAGGCCGUCCUCAUCCUGAGUGAGGCCCGCUCCCUGGGCCUCACUGGAUAUGAUUUCUUCUGGAUUGUCCCCAGCUUGGUUUCUGGGAACACGGAGCUCAUCCCCAAAGAGUUUCCAUCAGGACUCAUUUCAGUCUCCUACGACGACUGGGACUACAGCCUGGAGGCGCGAGUGAGGGACGGCCUGGGCAUCCUAACCACUGCCGCGUAUUCCAUGUUGGAGAAGUUCUCCUAUAUCCCUGAGGCCAAGGCCAGCUGCUACGGGCAGACAGAGAAGCCGGAGGCCCCACCACACACCCUGCACCAAUUUAUGGUCAACGUGACAUGGGAUGGCAAAGACUUGUCCUUCACUGAGGAAGGCUAUCAGGUGCACCCCAGGCUGGUGGUGAUUGUGCUGAACAAGGACAGAGAAUGGGAAAAGGUGGGCAAGUGGGAGAACCAGAGCCUGAGCCUCAGGCACGCCGUGUGGCCGAGGUACAAGUCCUUCUCAGACUGCGAGCCGGACGACAAUCAUCUGAGCAUCGUCACCCUGGAGGAGGCCCCCUUUGUCAUCGUGGAAGACAUUGACCCGCUGACCGAGACGUGCGUGAGGAACACUGUGCCGUGUCGGAAGUUCGUCAAAAUCAACAAUUCAACUAACGAGGGGAUGAAUGUUAAAAAGUGCUGCAAGGGGUUCUGCAUCGAUAUCCUGAAGAAGCUCUCCCGUACCGUGAAGUUCACCUAUGACCUCUACCUGGUGACCAACGGGAAGCACGGCAAGAAAGUUAACAACGUGUGGAAUGGAAUGAUCGGUGAGGUGGUCUAUCAACGGGCGGUCAUGGCGGUCGGCUCGCUCACCAUCAAUGAGGAGCGUUCUGAGGUGGUGGACUUCUCUGUGCCCUUCGUGGAGACGGGGAUCAGCGUCAUGGUUUCAAGAAGCAACGGCACGGUCUCACCUUCUGCUUUUCUAGAACCGUUCAGCGCCUCCGUGUGGGUGAUGAUGUUUGUGAUGCUGCUUAUCGUGUCCGCCAUAGCUGUUUUCGUCUUUGAGUACUUCAGUCCCGUUGGAUACAACAGGAGCUUAGCCAAAGGGAAAGCACCCCAUGGGCCUUCUUUCACGAUUGGAAAAGCUAUAUGGCUCCUCUGGGGCCUGGUGUUCAACAACUCCGUGCCCGUCCAGAACCCCAAAGGUACCACCAGCAAGAUCAUGGUGUCCGUGUGGGCCUUCUUCGCUGUCAUCUUCCUGGCCAGCUACACGGCCAACCUGGCCGCUUUCAUGAUCCAGGAGGAGUUUGUGGACCAAGUGACCGGCCUCAGUGACAAAAAGUUUCAGAGACCUCACGACUAUUCCCCACCUUUCCGAUUUGGCACGGUGCCUAACGGCAGUACCGAGAGAAACAUUCGUAAUAACUACCCCUACAUGCAUCAGUACAUGACCAAAUUCAAUCAGAAGGGAGUGGAAGAUGCCUUGGUCAGCUUGAAAACUGGGAAACUGGACGCUUUCAUCUACGAUGCUGCGGUCUUGAAUUACAAGGCGGGGAGGGACGAAGGCUGCAAGCUGGUGACCAUCGGGAGCGGGUACAUCUUCGCCACCACUGGCUACGGAAUUGCUCUCCAGAAGGGCUCCCCUUGGAAGAGGCAGAUUGACCUGGCCCUGCUCCAGUUUGUGGGCGACGGCGAGAUGGAGGAGCUGGAGACACUGUGGCUCACGGGGAUCUGCCACAACGAGAAGAACGAGGUGAUGAGCAGUCAGCUGGACAUCGACAACAUGGCGGGCGUGUUCUACAUGCUGGCGGCUGCCAUGGCCCUCAGCCUCAUCACCUUCAUCUGGGAACACCUCUUCUACUGGAAGCUGCGCUUCUGUUUCACGGGCGUGUGCUCCGACCGGCCGGGGCUGCUGUUCUCCAUCAGCAGGGGCAUUUACAGCUGCAUUCAUGGAGUGCACAUCGAAGAGAAGAAGAAGUCUCCAGACUUCAACCUGACCGGAUCCCAGAGCAACAUGUUAAAACUCCUUCGGUCAGCCAAAAACAUCUCCGACAUGUCCAACAUGAACUCCUCAAGAAUGGAUUCCCCCAAAAGGGCUGGAGACUUCAUCCAAAGAGGUUCCCUCAUCGUGGACAUGGUUUCAGAUAAGGGAAAUUUGAUCUAUUCAGACAACAGGUCCUUUCAGGGGAAAGACACCAUUUUUGGGGACAACAUGAACGAACUGCAAACAUUCGUGGCCAACAGGCACAAGGACAGCCUCAAUAACUAUGUGUUCCAGGGACAGCACCCUCUCACGCUCAAUGAGUCCAACCCCAACACGGUGGAGGUGGCCGUGAGCACAGAAUCCAAAGCCAACUCCAGGCCCCGGCAGCUUUGGAAGAAAUCCAUGGAGUCACUGCGCCAAGACUCCCUGAGCCAGAACCCUGUCUCCCAGAGGGACGAGGGAGCAGUGGAGAACAGGACCCACUCCCUAAAGAGUCCUAGAUACCUUCCAGAAGAGGUGGCCCAUUCGGACAUCUCGGAAACUUCGAGUCGGGCCACGUGCCACAGAGAGCCAGACAACAACAAGAACCACAAGACCAAGGACAACUUCAAAAGGUCAGCAGCCUCCAAAUACCCCAAGGACUGCAGUGAGGUCGAGCGCUCCUACCUGAAAACCAAAGCGAGCUCCCCCAGGGACAAGAUCUACACCAUCGAUGGUGAGAAGGAGCCCAGUUUCCACUUAGACCCUCCCCAGUUCGUGGAGAACAUGGCCCUUCCCGAGAACGUGGAGUUUACAGACGCCUACCCAGACCACGACGAGAACUUCCGCAAGGGGGACCCCGCGCUGCCGGCCACCAGGAACCCCCUGCACAAUGAAGACGGACCCCCCAACAAUGACAAGUAUAAGUUCUACUCCAAGCACUUCACCCUGAAAGACAAGAGUCCCCCUCACAGCGAGGGCAGCGAGCGGUACCGACAGAACUCCACCCACUGCAGGAGCUGCCUUUCCAACCUGCCCACCUACUCAGGCCACUUCACCGUGAGGUCCCCAUUCAAGUGCGACGCCUGCCUGCGGAUGGGGAACCUGUACGACAUCGACGAAGACCAGAUGCUCCAGGAGACAGGGAGCCCGGCCGCCCAGGAGGAGGUCUACCAGCAGGACUGGGCGCAGAACAGCACCCUCCAGUUCCAGAAGAACAAACUCAGGAUCAGCCGUCAGCACUCCUACGACAACAUUCUUGACAAACCUCGGGAGACAGACCUUAGCAGGCCCUCCAGGAGCAUAAGCCUCAAGGACCGGGAACGGCUCCUGGAGGGAAACCUGUAUGGGAGUCUCUGUAGCGUGCCCUCAAGCAAACUCUUGGGGAACAAAAGCUCCCUCUUACCCCAGGGUCUGCAGGACAGCAAACGGAGCAAGUCUCUCUUGCCGGACCACACCUCCGAGAACCCUUUCCUCCGCUGCCAUGGGGACGAGCGACGCUUAGUCAUUGGGAGAUGCCCCUCGGACCCUUACAAACACUCGCUGCCAUCCCAGGCCGUGAAUGACAGCUACCUUCGAUCGUCCUUGAGGUCCACAGCGUCGUACUGUUCCAGGGACAGUCGAGGCCACGACGACGUGUAUAUGUCAGAGCAUGUCAGGCCUUAUGCUGCAAAUAAGAACAAUAUGUACUCCACCCCCAGGGUUUUGAAUUCCUGCAGCAGUAGACGUGUGUACAAGAAAAUGCCUAGUAUCGAAUCUGAUGUUUAGAACCUUCCAUUAAUGUUUUAUCUAUAGGGAAACGUACGUGACGGCCAACGUUCUGGAGGGUAAAUGUCGGAUGUCCGAUGGUGCCUGCAAAGAGAAGGUAUUUUUUUUGUUGGUUCUUUUGCACCUGGCUCCACGCCAUACAUAGUCUUCCCCUCAAGGAAUCUUGUGAGGCGUGUGCUGAGCAUAGCAGAUACCGGAUAGGUGAGUCCUUAACCAAAAAAAAAAAAAAAAAAAAAAAGCAAAGCAAAUAAAUAAUAAAUAAUAGGGCAGGUCUCCGGGACACGCCCUCUAGGGAUGUUGGCAAUAACGAUGCGUCGGAGGCCAGUGGUGAUGUUAUGAUUUUCUAUAUUCCAAAGUCCACGAAGACCAGUCCACCAUGUGAUUUCCUCAUCAGAAAUGCCUAACGGUCUCUCUCAUCCAGAAUAAGCAAUAUGGUACGCAUGUAAACCCGACACAGACACAGCAGUUACGAACGCGUCUGCACCGCAGCGAGAUGGACGUGCAAGAGAUGAGGAAGUUUGGCUUUGUACCCGUCCCAGCUUUAGUGUCAUGCCUCCCGUCACUGCCCCGGCCCGACCCCAGAACCAGCCCCAGGCUCCCCCCCCCCCCCCACCACCACCACACACACAAAGAAUCGCAAAUUCCCGUGUUCACAGUAACCAUGCUACCUUCACUAGAGUCUGUUUCCAAGACUCAUCUGGAGGAAAAGGCCAGGAGGGCCCUCAGGCGGAGAACGACGAGAAUCUCUCUGGAUGUCAACUUGUGUGUUUCACAGACGCUCUCUCACCCUUGGCUUCGACGGUCUUGCUCAGAGCUGCACAAACCGAUACGUGUAUGUCUCCGACACCUAAUCUGUGGAUCUUCUGUCUCUGGACACAGAGGCUGUUGUAGUUUAUCCCGAAGAUUCCUAUGUACGUAAGUCUGUGUUCCCCCCCCCCCUUCUGGUGACGACUCAGGGUUGUAUAGUAUCUGUUACCCCUUACCUCCUAGAGUGACCAUCACUCGUUCAGUCCCCGAACAGCUAUGGUGGAGUCCAAGUGUGUGUCACUGUUCCCAGGGUUGUCAACAUCGUGGCAUAUGCCAGCAGCCACGUGUGUACCGUGAUCUGUAAAAAGUACUAUGCCGUCUGUCCACCGAAGGCUGGCACGCGUUUAGGUUAAUUGUCCUUAACCUCAUGAAAUUCAGUUGGACAUUCGUUCCCACCCCAACCUCCUCAGAUCAAAAGCCUUCAAAACAUGAGAGACCCUCAUGCAUCGACCCUGAGCAUCCUCCAAAAUCGUGGAUAAACUUUAGUGGCAAACACGAUUACUCUCUUCUGAAAUACUCGCUCGAUUGGAGGCACAGUGCUUCACCAGCACCAACAGAGAUCUAUGACAAACUCCCCAGAGCAUUUGUCAUUUCCGAGCCACCCCCGUUGUCCGUUUCUUGCUUUACUCAGAUCUGUGCGUGUGUGAUAUGAAAUGAUACGCCUUUAAAAAACAGUGCGGGGAGGAGGGGAAGCUUCAGCAUCAGAAGCUCUUGGCACAGUGCCUCGCUCACGCCAAGUGCCCCCCCCUCAAAAAGGGAGUUGUUAUGUUCUGACACUUUAUCAGAAUUGCCUAGUU